AUGCGUUUCCUUGUGGCGCACGCACCCCAUCGCGCUCACUCGGCCCAUACUAAACGACAGUGGUGGCAGCAUCUGUCGCAUCUUUGCCACACCUACUCGGGUGGCGGAGCCUGGGUCUUCUUACUCGACGCCAACUGCAGGGUAGGGAGCCUUGUCUCCGAGGCCAUCGGAGGAUUUCAACCCGACUACCAGGACGAGUCUGGAGAGUGCUUCCAUGCUCUGCUCUUGGGAAUGAACGUCUUUUUACCCAGCACUUUCGAGCACAGCAUGUUUGGCGAGGGCGGGACCCUGCGCCAGAAGCGUAGUGGGGCUCUUGACCGCUCGGAUUUUGUUGGGCUUCCCGCCUCUUGGCGUGAUAGCUGGUGCCAGGCUUGGACCUCUUCGGAGAUUUCUGCUGGCCACACUUCGGUGGACCAUUUUGCCGCCGUUGUUGAGGUUUCGCUGAUUUUUCCCAAUCGGUGCCGAGCCACAGCCAGGCCUUGCCGUAUUGACGCCCGUGCUAUUGCGGAACCUGGCAAUGCGGAAGCCGUCUGUCAGAUUAUCAGAGGCUCCCCGCGCCCCGCUUGGGAUGUUGAUGCCAGUGAGCAUGCCGCUGAGGUGGUCGAUUAUCUUUAUCGAAGCCUUGCGGACGCCUUCCCUCUGCAGCGUCGACGCAUGCAUACCGGCUACCUCUCAGAGUCCACUGCCGCCAUUCAUCGGGUCGUUUCUUCCCUUCGUCAUGCGGUCCGCACCAAAAAGGGUGCCCUUAAGCAGGCCCUUCUGCGCUGCUGUAUGUUGGCCUGGCGGGAUGCCUCCGCUACCCUCCAAAGCUUGUUCGGGGGUGCUUGGCUAUGGCAUCUUGAGAUUCGCUUCGGACUUAGCUGCAUGCUGCUUCACCGGUAUGGGCUUUUGCUUAAGCGGGCCUGCAGGGAGGACAGAAACCGCAUGUACGCUGACUUUGCAGAGGAGAUCACUACAGCGCACCCUGCUGCUGUGCACACUUUCGUCAAAAAGGUGCUGAAGCCCAAGAAGUACCGCAGGACCUGUAACGAUCCUCUCCCUACCUUGUUCCGUGCAGAUGGGACCCAGUGCCUCACAGAGAGUGAAGUUACGGCCACUUGGAGGGAUCAUUUCCGGGUGCUCGAGGGGGGUACUGCGACUUCUGCUGAGGCCCUUCUGUCGGAGUGCAGGGAUGCGCAAGCUGCCUUUCUCGGUUCUGAUACUGUUGCGGCGGAUCAAAUGCCCACGUUUCUCGAUCUGGAGAACGCCCUGCGCCACACGGCAGGGCGCAAGGCUGCAGGCCCGGAUCUGAUUCCGCCAUCCCUCUGCAGGUACUUCAGUACCCCACUGGCAUCCCUCCUCUGGCCGCUGCUUCUCAAGACAGUAUGCCGCGCGUCAGAAGCGGCAGGAAUGAAAGGGCUCUCGUCACGGCCUGUCCACGAGAUCGCAGAAGCUCUGGGGCUCGACGUGUCCGACAUGCAGGAGCUCACGCGGCUCAUAGAGCAGGAGGCCAUCCUGCCACAGCAGGAUGCGCCUCAGCUCCUGCAGGAACUGGCAGGCGAGUUCCACCGGCACACAUGGUUUGUCCUGUCGGGGGACACCGACAUGAUUGCAACACACCGCGGGACCCGACCCGGCGGGACGCUGGCAGACGUCCUGUUCAGCCUCCUGUUCGGACAAGCUUUACGACGCCGGCGAUCUAGCGCACUGCAGGCCGCAAUGCCCUCCGUGCCAUGGACGGGGGCACGGACACUCUUUCCUAACUUUUCCGCGCCUGCUGCCUUAUGCAAUAUCUCCGACAUUGUGUACGCGGAUGACCUCUGCACCCCUAUCGUCUGCAACGCCGCUGCCGAGCUCAGGCCCACUGUGUCGGCUGUCGUCGCUGACACAUUUGACACCUUGACACCGCAUGCAUUGCGAAUCAAUUUGGGGCCAACUAAGACGGCAGCUAUCAUGGCUCACGUUGGUCAUGGCUCAAGAGCGGCGCGGCACGAGGCUUUCGGCGUCCUAAAGGGUCGCGUGCCAGCAUGGCCGGAGAGCAAGGGGUUACAGUGGCUUGACCUAGUGUCUAGAUAUCGGCACCUUGGGUCGAUCAUCACGUAUGACGGCUCCCUAGGUGCUGAGGUGCGCCACAGGCUUGCCCUGGCGCGCAACGCCUUUCGCGAUGGGCGACGCCGUCUUUUCGCGUGCCGAGACAUUCCUGUGACGAGGCGGGCGGUUUUCUUUAGGAGCCACGUCAUCGCCACCCUGACUGCGGGAAUUGGUGGAUGGCCGACGCUGGCCACCGGGGAGUGGCGCACCUUCUCCGGCGGCCUUGUUGGCCUUUACAGACAACUCCUGGGUCUGCGCGCUGCCGGCAAAUGGAAUUACACCACUGCGCAGCUGCUUUGUCUGACAGGUCUCUCCUCCCCCGAGGCAGUCCUGCACACCGAACGUUUAAGGCUCGUAGGGCAGCUUGUCCGGCACGGGCCCGAUGAACUGUGGGCCUUGCUGGGGCACUUCUCCGCAUACCAGCAGGCCAUUGCAGCGGCGAGCGACUGGGCUCUCGAGGCCGUUCGAGGUACUUGUGAGCUGGGGCCGAUAGCCUCUGAUUGGGACAGGUGGGCUUGCCUCAUGCGUGACCGCCCGGGCCAAUGGAAGGGCUUGCUCAAGCGCGCGGAUGCAUGGCACGCCUUGAAGACCGGUCUCCAGGCUGAUUUUGACACUGUUGUGCGCCUUUUAUGGGAGCCAAGGCAAGACGCGCCUAGGGCCGGUCUUGCAGGCCUUGAACACGGCUGCCUCAUAUGCGGGAUUGCUUUCCCCACAAGGCGACAGUGGGGGGUUCAUGCACAGAAGGUCCAUGGUUAUCGGUGCCCAGCCACACGGCUUGCUCUUGGUCGGCAGUGCCAGGCCUGCGGGUCAGUAUAUGCCUCCCAGGCAAAGCUGCGGGUGCAUCUUUUUGGUUCGCCCCGAUGCCUGCGCUUCCUGGAAUUGCAUCAGCCUGCGGCCGAUGAUGCCUCCUCCAGGCGUGCAAAUGCUGGCCAUGCCCAGGCCCCCUCCGUGAGAGGUUGGGGCCGCGAGCACCUCCCAGCCGCUGGGCCUGAGCUCUGCAGAUCAUUGGAACAAGCGCUCUACAGUUCUCACUUCGAGGAGGAUCAGGACCUGUAUGAUGAGAUUGUCUCUCAUGUGGCCCCGCUCCCUGUUUUGCGCAAUACUGUUCGCUUCUGGUGUGAAAGUCUUGAGUGUGCGCACCUACGGCAGCUUGCCUCCGACGUGCUUUUGGUGCUUUCUCCCGAGCAUGUAUGCACCCGGGUCGGGGGCAAGGAGCAGGAGGUCACGGAUCCUGAGAUGCCAUUUCAGCCACGCCUGCUCUGCCCCUUUAUCCGCCAUCCAGCUACUGGUGCCUAUGUCCUGCAUCUUGGGUCACCAUGUCCUGCCUGGAUUUCGGCAUGGGGCCUCAGCAACUGUGCAAGACUCCCUGUUGAUCUGAACAGUUGUGGCUUUGAGGCUGCUCGCUGCCAAGGGAUUUAUAUUUCCUUCCCGCCGCCUCCUCUGGGGCCCUGUCAUUUUCUGACGCCCCCUGCGGGCCCCUUGAAGCGCAUGCGCGAGUACUGCUCCUGGGCAGCCUCGCUUCUCAGGGUCUUCUGCUGCCUUUUUCGCACCGCCAUUUCGGGUCGCCCUGCCUGUCUGCGCAUUCCUAUCUGCCCGGCACAUCUUGAGCCUCUGACCACUUGGACUUCAGAAGCAGCUGCAGCCGGGGGGCACCCGCUUGUUUCCAGUUUCACCCUAGAAUUCGUUUCGCAUUAG